UGGCUAAUUAUGUUAGUUUUCAGGGCAUUCAUUCCCUUUCUAUGAUUUUGUAAUUUUAAUUUUUUUUAAAUGCAAAUAUUUUCCACGUGUAUAUUGUCUAUCGUUAACAUGAUGUAAUGUAGCAUUUUUUUUUUUUGGCUCUUUCUAAAAUCCCCUGACUAAUCUGAUCAAAGAGAACAUGUAUAAUUAGAUUGAAUUGAAUUCAAAUAGUUACUUGAUUUAAAGAUUAAAACUUCGUUGACUUUGUGUUUAUUCUUCCUGCCAGGAAUGAAUACCUUACUUGAUUUGUCUCGGAGAUGAUUGAGUUUCACUUCAAAAGCCAUUAGUCAUAAAUCACGUCAUAGAACCUAAACCCAUGAUGCGUUUGUCCCUCUAUUUCUAGUUGUGAAGUUUAUAAUCUGGAUUGAUUAGUAGAAGUACUUUAGGCAUGCCAUUUCAAUUUUCUGGCUUGCAUUCUCUGGUGCCUUUAGGGAAUGACAAUGUUCUGCGAGAGGUAUGAGAGUUUAUGGAGCAAGGAUCUGUCAUCAUAUUAUCAAAUCUUACUCUUAAUGUUUUGCUUCAUUUUGGAAUUUGUAUUUUUUAAUAUUUUUAUGCUUCUACUGUCUUUUUGUUGGACUUGAUAUCUCUCUGUAGGCUUGAAUUAAUCUUUGAUUGCUAUAUGCUGUGCCAGAUGUUUGCAGAUUUAAGGUGUUCGCCUUCAUGUGCGCGUGCGGGGAUUCAUGGUACAGUAGCAAUAUGUCCUCCUGAUUGUUUUCAGUACAAAGGGACGUUGGAUGUCUUCUACAAAAUCAUUCGACAGGAAGGAUUUGCAAGGUUAUGGAGAGGCACAAAUGCUGGCCUAGCUCUUGCUGUUCCCACGGUGGGAAUCUAUCUACCUUGCUAUGACAUAUUCCGAAACUGGUUAGAGGAGAUCACUUCACAGAAUCAUCCUAGUGCUACUCCUUAUGUUCCUUUA